AGCUUGAUAUUUAUUUGGGUUUGCAAAAGCAAAAAGCUUCGCAUUUUUGAGUUUGUGCAUACGUUUUGCGAAUAUUCUUGGAGUCGUCUCUUCCAAGAAUUUCAUCACGUAUUUUCUGUUCUCCAUAGUUCUUUUCGUUUUUUUAUCAAUCGUUCGUUUCGCAAGUUAUACUCGGUUCUUAUUUUUGUUCUUACAUUUUUACAACUUGCUAAUUCAUUGUACUUGAUUAUUCCCUGGGUAAACGUACCUUCCAAGAAAGAAAAAUGGCUUCAUUUCUAUGGUCGUUGGUCGCUUCGGCAUUGGCCUUACGCACCAUAAAUUGUCUUCAUCUUGACCAGAGCCCCAUGUCGAGGGUCAGAGUCACCUUGCUGCAGCUUUUGGUCUCCUACCUUCUAUUUUCAGGCUUCUCGAGUGCUGGCGCCUUUGCUGCACAUCUCAAGUCACCGAGAAGUCCGCUGCCUACAGGUCUGGUUCCGACAGUAUCUGGAAGAUCUACAUCUAGCGCAUGGCCUGAGGCAGCACCUGGCACGCAAUCAGUUCCUCAUGCUUCACCGUCAGAUGAAGCAGGAGAGGCUCCGCAACGAACUGCUCCUGCUGCUUCGAUAGAGGGGCAGCUUCCUCAGUAUCUUCUUUACGACGACUACCUCUAUCUACCACUAUCCUCUUCCCUCGAAAUGGAGCUUCUCACUUAGUCUGACAGACAAAAUUGAGAAUGAUACAACCAAUUACAACUUCAAGAAAAGCGUGUUACUGUUAUUCUCUUUGAUUGAGAUUAGCUUUAGCUCUAACUCGCAACAACACCAAGUCUGCCUCCGCCUCCGAUGCCGCCAAUCGGGACGCCACAAAGUGGUCUCCUGGAGCAAGCUGCGGCUAGGCUCUUACCGACUCUGUUAGCUCAACACCAGAACAUGGGAGACUUGCUCAAUGGCGGUCGUCACGCAGCGACUCAACCAUUUCUUGCGCCACAACAAGGUCAAGGGUCUGCUUCAGUUAAGGCUACUAUUUGAAUAUAUAGACGCAUCUUUCCAGACAUCUCCGUGGUCCCGUCUCUUUCUCAAGGGGAAAGGAAACAAAACGGGAACCAAGUAGAUCUAGAUGCUCUACUUCCAGAUGGAUUGAUGGUAGUCGGUCCUAAUUCAAAGCAUCAGCAGCAGCAGCAGCAGCAGCAGCGUGAGCCUGAGCUUCAUACCACAAGGAUGCGCUCACUAUUACCAGGCGUUCUCAUGGAGUGCGAGAGGAUUAUACAAACAUGCGAACUUGCUCUUCUUAUGGGGAUUAGUUUUCUUCUUUUCUACUUGGGACUAACAUACAACUGGAAGUAUUAUCAUACGUGGCGGCACGUCUUAAUCUUACUCUUUCUCUCCUUUCCUCCAACAAGCAUACUCGGAAAGCACGUGCACUUGUCUAAUACCAACGAGUGCAUCCGUGAAUGCUCCAACGACUCAGAUUCGAUUCAAUUCAACGCAGGUGCAAACCUACCGCGUAAUAUUAGAGGCGAGCAGCCUCCUACUCCACAAGCUCCAGUACAGGGACAACAUCAGGCACAAGUUGCAACUUCCACGCCAGUAGUAUCGCAUGGGAAAGCAUUAUAUACGCCUGGUAUCCAACAUUUAGGAUCUGCGUUUCAACAACAGCAACGAAAUGAUCAGGACCGAUGCAACCUACAGCAAGAAGAUCCGCUGCGCCAGCUUCGAGGACUGUCGUAUGGUACUGGUGCAGGACGAAUCGAUCAUCCGGGAAGUAACGGUGGUUGUGGUUCUAGUCAUCUUUCAUCAAGACCGAUCGAGUUAGCGGCUGCUCUUCCUUCUUCUUCUGCAUCCCCAGGUCAUUUCGCGUCCUCACCAACACCAACAUCAGGAGCUGCGCCUCCAGGUCAUUUCCCGUCCUCACCAACACCAACAUCAGGAGCUCCCCCUUCUGGUCAUUUGCAUUUCGCGUCCUCACCAACACCAACAUCAGGAGCUCCCCCUUCUGGUCCCCUUGCAUCAAGGCCAGAACUAAGUGGAAUGAUGAGCGAACAAGUACUAGACGGCGUCGGCGAUGGUUCAUCUCCUUCUCUGGAAGACAAGAGAAUGGAAAACCUCAUAUGGCAGAGUCCAUCUCGUAGUUCAUCGUUCUCGACUUCAGCGCCUUCUAUCACAGCGCCGACGUACUUUUCCCGUGGCGCGUCGUGGGAAGAUUGUAGUCUUUUUCCCGAAUGCGCUUCUUCCUUUUCGUUCCCUGGACAGCAGCAGCAGGGUGACGAAGACGAUGACAAAGGAAUUAUAAAGUUCCAGGAAAAUCCAUUACACUCAAGUGGUGCCACCGCCCAAACUACUCCUGGAUCUCGAUCCCCAAUUUUACCCGCCCCGAACGGGACAGAAGCAGUAGGGCAAGCAGCUGCAGAGCUAACUUUUAAACCCCUUGAAGCGUCCCAGCGGCAUCAUGCAAGUUAUGCAGAGGGACUACCAGGUGAUUUGACUCAGAGUGAAAAAGAAGACGAUCUGCUGCAACAACUCCUGCGACCAGAAUCGGCCGACAAUGAUGCAGAAAACCCUCUUCAAGUUCAAGGGAAGCACCCACAUUUUUCGCGGCAAGGAGAUUCGACAGAAAAGCAAGCGCUGGAAUUUUGUGCAUUUGAAGGCAGCCCUAAGAUCAAUCCAAACUAUUCUGCUGCUUCUUCGUCCUCUAGGACAGCCCAGCGCCACGAACUGUCCUUCAUCAAAAGCAUUCCGUUCCAGGAAGCGUCUCAAACUAGCUGGGCUACCACGAUUCGCAGAAUGCGGAACGAGCGCGCGGCGUCCAACAACGCGAAAAAUGGGUUUUAUGGACAGGCGUGUAGUAGUACCAAUCUUGCAACAGCGACCGCAACUACUCGCAGCUCAUCUGGCGUCGAAUCCUCGUUAAGACAAGCUGCGCCGCCUGUGUCUGUGUGCAGACAAGAUGUUAAGAGGAGCGCGACUAGUAGUGACGUUGGAGGCGACCAGAGUGACACGGCGGUGAGGAUGAGAAGUGCGAUGAGCGCAGAUGUGAUAUCUCACCAUCAACAGCAGCAGGGUUUUCGUAGCAGUCCGACUUCAGGCAGAGGCAGCAAAAGACCAGAAAGACGCGUCACCUUCGAGGCGCACGAAGAAAGGCAUGAAGAUGAUGUAGCAAAGUCGACUGUAACCCCGCCUUCUAGGGGUAAUACAACAACAACCGUGGAUUUGGUGGAUUCUAGCACCUACGGACGUUCCGGAAAUCCGAACGCGGCUGUUGAUUAUCCCCCGUACUACACUAUCACUUACACACAUCAACACCAAGGUCCUGCUGAUUCCGCCAUACCUCUAAGAAAGGACGACACUUCAUAUAAUGCUAUACCACAGUCAGACGUCAGCGCCUGUAUGAAUGAGGAAACAGCUACUGAUCAAAAAUGUCGGCACCAGUCAAGUCCAGCAGAGCAACGGCUGGCAAAGGAGCUAACUUCAUCAGGCCCUUUACCCUCCUCCGAAACAGACGAAGGAGUAGAUGCAGCAUUUGGAACUCUGAUACAACUAGAGGAAUUGAUUUUCGCCAAUGCGGUGAGAUGGAGUCCACCGCUUGACCGCGCACACACUGGCAUAACACGACUUCAGGGCGCAUACAAAGACAAAAGUGGAGAAGCCCGUGGUGGAGCUAGCUACAAAUAUGCAGGGCUUUCCCACGCUACGCCCAGCGCGUUGCUCAACUGUAUGCGUGAUGCCGCUCUCGUCGGACAAGAUUAGGACUGACCAUUUAUCUGAGACUCAAACUAGGAAUCUUUCAAUGCAGAUAAACAUGAAUUUAUAUCUAUUCUGUUAAGUAAAUCUUUUUCUAGAGCUCUGGUGUUGCCGAUUCACUAGACUUAAACGAAAAAACUCUAACAUCCUCUCGUUUAGAAGUUCUCCGUUUGUCAAUAGGAAUAUUUGUUGUGAUUUAUUCAACGAAUAUCAGAAAACGUAUUAUAACGACAACCAAGAGAGACACUCACGGCCCUAGGAAUAAUUGCCCAUAGUUAUUUAGAUCUCCUCUUCUCUAUCUCUCAAUCUUCCAAGGCAAUUAUAAUCUCACGCUUACCACGUCAUUUAGACCAGUACAACUACUUGUGCUUUUGGUACUAGUUUCUAAUCUGAGACAACUCCAGGAAAGAGAAGUAUCAUACCGCGAUCUAUAAAGAUCGCGCCACGACGAUUUCAGCCUGCCAACAUUUCGAUCGCCAGUGACCAUUUUGCGUCUCUGCAAGACUUGACCAUAUAUCGGCACUACGAGCUUGCCUCCACUUGGCCUACGAUGACGAUGAUAGUCUUAAGGGUUAUUUCCACAUUACAUCCUCCACUCACAUUCUUGACCCUUGUUCAAGCGGAAAAGAGGUCACUCAAGGAUGUUCUGAAGAAUGUACUGCUAUGCUGCAACAGCAACCUUUAAAAUUCAGUGCGGAAGACGAAACGCACACUCUGCGCCCGGCGUCGGAUUCGCCGUCGGAAAAAGGACUGAUACAUCUGUAUGUCACACUCCCGCAAGCCUUGCGAAUGGCUUUAUAUUCGUUCCUAUUGUUUGAAAACGAAGUUCCGAGGAAGUUUCGACACAAAGCUCCAGAUGGCCGACAAAAUUAAGGAUAACUGGCGACUCAUGCGCCUAUCUCUAGUUCAUCUGACUACUUUUUUACAGAGGGCGACUCCUUCAAGCAUACUUUUGCAACUAGGCUGCAUAUCUUCAUAUCAAUAUUUUCUUUUCUAGUAAAUAUAGCUGCUUUGGACGAAUAUUUUCUUCAAGAAAAAUAGAUAUCCGUUGAUUAGCAUCAAAUGACUUAAGUUGGUAUACUACAGCUCUAAGACAGAAGGCGACAGUAUUCCCUGCCGGGCCUGACACAUGGCAAUUUGGUGCACAUAUUCGAAAUCGCAUUGCAAUCUAUUACCGAACCAGGUCUGGCAGAAACCCUGCGGCAACAGUGGCUACCAGAAUGGAUUGAUCUCUGCAAAGGCAUCCUACAGAAUGCAAACGCCAAGUAAUAGUAGAGACGGAUACACCUCCUCUAGCUCCACCAGAUGUAUACCACCACUAACCGUGUAUGUACUCAGCGAAUAAUCCGUCUCCAUUGUAGAGAUGUUCCAGAUCGUAUUAUUGCAGAGCGCAUGAAUCUAACUAGCUGUGGUAUCUUCCUCUUUUCUUCUUUUUGUUGUUUGUAAAAUGCAAUGUCUCCUAUGCCCAGACUGUCUGCAGCCAUGGCUCCCGCAAGUCAAGCCAGAAAACUGAUAAUCUUAUGCUAAAUAGAAUUGAAGGAUAGUCGUGUGUCUGGUUGGAGCUCCUAACCGGAUUCUAAUGCUCAGGCUGAUUAUAUGUGUCACUCCUGCAAAGACGCAGGGUUAAGUCUAGUACUAAAUCAGAGAUUCUUCAUAGAUAUGAAGAAAAAGAAUGUGAAAAAGAAUGUGCAGACGAUCGCCUUCAGAAUGAGGUCAUGCAGCGGCACCAUCUUUUUAUCUUUAUGUAAGUAGAAAUGUAGUAUUGCUACUGCGCUGUUCUUGAUUAGCCGUAAAGAUGCGAUUUAAUCGUUUCUCUCUGGGAAUAUAUCAAGGCACUACUCAAAGUAAAAUCUCUCACCCGUUUUCUGCAGGGAAAGUUGGCUACAUCAUCAUCUUCAUGGGGUAUUCGCGUGGUCUCCUGUCUUCAAAACAACUAUGACCACGUAGAUGAAAGAUGUGAAGUUCAUACUUUUACUUCGAAACCCAAAAUCAAUCCUAGAGCAUGCCAACAGCUUCUGGGAAACGGAUAAAUCAGCACUGAAUCUGAAACAUGCGAAGAUGAAGAACAGUUUCUGGGAAACGAAGGCGGAAAACGCAUGAGCAUGAUCUUCAUGCUGCUUUCCUAUGCAACAUCAUCGAAAUAAAUUCGAACCCUUAUAU